GGUAUGGACAGAAUCAUCAGAUUAUGGAAUCCAUAUGUCUUUGGCAAACCAACUGCAUUAUUACGUGGUCACAAUGCACCAAUAUUUUAUCUGUUUAUUGCUGAAGAUGAUAAUCGUAUAUAUAGUAUAUCAACAGAUAAAUGUAUAAAGGUAUGGGACAUCCAAGAUCAUAAUUGUUUGGUCACCAUUCGACCUAAAAGUCAUAAAAUUCGAGGAGAUUUACAAUCUAUACAUUAUUCCUAUGCAUCUAAAGCAUUAUCUGUAGCUACAGACCAAAUGGCAAUAUUACCACUUCGUCUCCGUCCAGUAUUACAUGCUGAUAUGGUGAUCACACACAAAGAACCUGUCACAUGUUGUAAAUAUAAUACCAGUUUUAAACAAGUAGUCACAUGUUCCGAGGGGUCAGUAAUUAAACUGUGGGAUCUAGAAACUGGUACUGCUAUAUUUGAAUAUGGUGAUGCUCACGGUGAUAAUGCUAUAACUUGUAUGACUUUCGAUAGUACAGGUAGAAGAUUAAUAACUGGGGGCAGAGAUGGUAGAUUAAAAAUCUGGAAUUAUAACAAUGGACAUUGUCUCAAAGUUUUUGAAAAAGAGAAGCGUAAUGAAGAGAUUUGUGAUGUAACAUUUAUUGAGAUUAAUAGGAAUCGGUAUGUGAUAUCAGUUGGUUGGGAUAAACGUGUUAAUAUAUAUUGUGAUAACCAAUCAGAUAGUAAUAUACAUCAUGUACAACAUCCACAACCUUAUUGGGCUGAUGAUGCGAAAAAUGGUCAUAAAGAAGAUAUAUUAUCUGUUGCUCAGAGUCCACCUAAUUUACUGGCUACAGCUAGUUAUGAUGGGGAGGUGAUUGUAUGGAAUAUGGUGUCUGGUCAUAUCUUCUGUCAUCUAAUACCACCUUCACCAAAACACUAUACUGAUCAGUCAUUGGAUGGUGAUUUAAGUAUUAAUAAAAUUUUGUUCCUGUCAACAAGAGCCUAUAAAAAGGAUGCUGCCACAUUAGUAGCUAGUGGUCCACGUGCUAAUAUUCAUUUCUGGAAUGUGUUUCAAGGCGGCAAACUUAUGGCUCAAUUUUCUGGGUCUAAAAUAGAAGGUGCAAUGGUUAGUCGAAUGGUAGUUAACCAAGAUAAUAGUCAUUUGUAUACUAGUGAUAGUUUUGGUUUUAUUUAUGUUUGGUGUAUCAAAGACUAUUGUGUCAAUAGAUUAGAGCCUAAUCCACCAGAAUUAUUAUAUUCAUGGAGAGGACAUAUUGAAGGUGUUACGUGUAUUGAUUUAGUUGAGGAACAGAAGAUAUUGUUAACAUCCUCUUCUGAUUGUACAGUUAGAUUGUGGAAUUUACAGGGCCAUUAUAUCGGAACACUAGGUCAACCAGAUAGUUGGGAUAUUCAUAAUCCCUCUACAUAUCAACAUCCCAUGGUACCAUAUGAUGUACUAAUAGAUCCUGCCAGUCUACCAGCACAUCCCAUAUUA